CCGGCCGGGCAGAGACGGGAGCCGUGCGGCCGGAGACCUUGGAUUUAACUUGCAGAAGAAUGUCAUGUUUUCCGAAAUUCUCAGAGAUGGAAAAAAUGGUGAACAUGGAAGCCGAAAUCAAUGAGAUAAAAUUGAAAAUAGAAAUGAUGCAGUUGGAGAAUGAGACAGCAGACAUUACUCACCCUUUUUACUUAGGGAAAAAAUGCGAGAUUUUGCAAGACAUGAACAGGCACUUGGAAGCCAUUCUGAAAGAGAAGAGGGACCUCAGAAAGAGGUUGAUCAAACACAGAUGUGAAGAAAGCCUGCCUAUUGAGGCUACUUUUCACAGGUGUAUAGUAGAGUUGUUGGCUGAGGCUGUGACUUUCAUUGAGAAGCUUGAAAGCCAUUUGCAGUCUGUGAGAAGCAUCCCUCAGGUACCACACAUGAUGAGCAAUAUGGACACCACUUUGUCAAAAACAAAGGUGCUCAUGAUAGAGUUGGAGGAGCUGACAGAGCAAAUACUGAAAUGGGAAGAACUGCAAAAGGAAGUAUAUUCUAACAGUGUAUGCAAUACUGCUGACUUGGACUUUGGCUUAUCUUUAGCCUAACAAAUAAUUUUCUGCAAGUAGGAGGACUACUCAAAGAACUACAUUCCUACGGUCUUCUGUGAAAACUGCAACAGAGAUGUCUUUUAAUCCAACAGAGACUUCAUAGGUAGUUAUAUUUCUGUUAUUAAUUAACAGUUCUCCAACUAUUUAUUAAAAAAAAGGACAAUGAGCAGUAGUUCAUAGUAAGACAGAGUACUGAAAAGUUCCUUUUUGAAAUAGUUGGAUAAGAGUCCCUUGGAGCCUGUAUCUUCAAUGGAAAAUUGUUUUGAUAUUUUUUUUGCACUUGCUAUAGUAUCUUUAUUAAUUUUUGUAAGCCUCUUGAUAAAACACUGUAUUUUGUAUGUUGCCGUAAAACUUUAAUAAAAGUAUUAGAUUUCAAAA